CCUCUAAAUGAUAAAGCCGCUACGCCGGGAACUGGAGGCGGGAUAGACUAAAUAAUAACCCAAUUCUAAAAAUUUACGCAGUUCUGGUCAGACGUCAUAUAAUUGUGUAUAUAUAUAUUUCCUCACCAAGUCGAUUAUCUUAAAUUAUUGUGGUGUUGGAUUUUUCAGGGUUAUCAGUAGCAGGAGGUGUUAGGCUAGACUCCUGGAAGUUAACGAUUAAGUUAGGCUAUUGGAGACGCCAUAGAGUGGACUUUAAAAUCGAAGACUCAUAAACAAGCGUUACUCCUAAAACAGGCUUUCGCACUACUCUUGUUGCCUUGACUACUGGUGUGUCAGGGGACUUCAUCCUGAUUCAUUUUAUGAUUUCUCUGACUCUACUUCAGAGAGACUACCACAACGCAGCACUGAAAAUAGAAGUGUUCUGGUGCCAGUGACACAGGAGCGGUGGGAUUUCAAUAAUUGAAAGAGAGAGAGCAUGGGGAUAAUACAUCGCCCUCUCCCAUAAAUUCAUUAUAGGCAUGAAUACCCCUGCAUACAUGAAUAAACAGAUUUUGCAGAAGAUAACCAUGGAAACAGGAUUUACACAGAAACCAAAGGAGCAGAGGAAGGCGAACAGCCCUUGACGUGGAGAGUGAAAGCAGAGGGAGAGUAGAAGGGAAGUGAAAGGAAAAGGGAGAAACGCCAGCUCAGCUACCCGCCUGCCUCGCCGAGCGCUGUGCCAUGGGGAAGCAGAACAGCAAACUGCGGCCCGAGGUGCUGAACGACCUGAGAGAAAACACAGAAUUCACUGACCACGAGCUGCAGGAGUGGUACCGUGGCUUCCUCAAGGACUGUCCCACUGGCCACCUGACCGUGGAAGAGUUCAAGAAGAUCUAUGCCAACUUCUUCCCCUAUGGAGAUGCCUCAAAGUUUGCUGAACAUGUCUUCCGCACAUUUGACACCAAUGGUGAUGCCACCAUUGAUUUCAGGGAGUUUAUCAUCGCCCUGAGUGUGACGUCUCGUGGUGGCCUGGAGCAGAAGCUGCGCUGGGCUUUCAGCAUGUAUGACCUGGAUGGGAACGGCUACAUCAGCCGAGCAGAGAUGCUGGAGAUAGUUCAGGCAAUUUACAAGAUGGUGUCAUCAGUGAUGAAGAUGCCUGAGGAUGAGUCAACACCAGAGAAAAGAACAGAUAAAAUCUUCAGACAGAUGGACAUUGACAAUGAUGGUCGGUUGUCUUUGGAGGAGUUCAUUAAAGGUGCCAAGAGCGACCCGUCCAUUGUCCGGCUGCUGCAGUCUGAUCAGGGAGCCUCUCGUCAGUACUGAGGACAGAGAUGGUGACAUACUGUAUGUACACGAUCCCUCAAACUCACACACAUCCAGCUUUUUGCUGUAGAUGAUAGAGGCUUGGUCAUCGUCACACCUUACCAGACAACCCUUUGAUUUUUAACACUCCAUGUCUUAUUGUUUACAUUAAUACUUGUCUUUUGUCAGUAUGGCACGCUGUAGACUAUGACUUCUCAUUUGAGGUAUGCUGUUAAUAUUUUACUUGUUCUCCAUAAGUGAAGUGCCAUAUCCAUAUAUUUACAUGGACUGAAUUAUAUACUUGCAAGUAUUAUGACUCCUAUUAUGUUACACCAAGAAGAAACUAAUUACAUCAUUUGAUAUAAUAUAAGUGUUCAAAUGCUUCUUGUCACUCAGACUAACAGCAGCUUAAGUUGCAGUUCUGAAUAAGCUCUGUAUGCCUUUGGUACUGCAUGCGCUAAAUGAUAUGUGAUUUCUGAUACUGCAGCAGUUUACGUGAAUAAGGAGCACGUGAUUGUUUUUAUUCCCUUUUAUUUUUGUAACAAUGUAAUUUUCACAUAAUUGAAAUAAAGUCGUGUAAGAAAAAUCUACACAAGUCCCACAAUAUCCCCCCUUGUCCUGGAUAGACCUGAUGCAAACCCACCACGAUUCUUAUUCACGGUUUAAAGAAAAAAAAAA